CGAUGUUUCAGCACCAUGGACAGCGGCUCGCACUCGACUGCGGGAGAGAUUCUGGGUGCGGGUCGAGGUUACUCGCCUCCUAUUCUCCCAAAAACUCAAACGAAAGCCAGAAGAAGAGGUAUUUUAUAAAAACCGUUCUGUGGUCGUGUAAUAUCUUGUCUUUCUUGGGCGGUUUUUGAUCAAAUUUCGACGUUGGCUGGUGGUUGUACGUUGGUUGGUUCUCUGCAACGUGUUUCCUCUGCGUCUGGGAUCCCAACAAUAAACGUUCAACGUGACUUUUGGUGUGCACGGAUACUGCAUCUCGCGGAAAAACAGGCGACCGUCCGCGUAAACGCCUUUUGUUUUUCACAAACUGAAUUGCACUUUAUUAUGUUUCUGACAUGGCUCCCGAGAAUUUUGAUUAGCUGGGUGCGAUACCGUCCUGCGUAAGUAAUAUGAAGUUUCUUCAUUCUUUAUCAGCCUGGUUCAGGCAUUAAUGCGCACUAAAACUAAUCGCCCGUUUGCAUAAAUUCAUCUUUUACUUUUUGUGAUCUUCAACCCUUUUUUGGAAGAUGAGGUUCUUCUAUGGUCUUUUGUAAUGCACAUAAAUUCCUGAAAGAGAAAAGAAACGAAGAGAAAGCGGAGUUUUGCCGUCUGAAUUCGUGCUGUGCAGCCGCAUCAUCUCCUAUGCCGUUUUAAACGUCUCCGCGGCACGUUUUAAGAUCGUCCGAGAGAAACUUCGACAAAAGUGCAAACACAAGGAUAAAGAUGAAGAAGUUCAGGAAGGUUUUGGAUGGGCUGACGACUUCUACGCCUGUCAAUCCAGGUGGAUCUCCAGUGUGCGGCAGUGCGGCCGGGACCCCCAGUGCGGCACAUACACCACGGGAGCUGGAGAUCCAGGAAACGCUGAUGUCAGAGCACUUCCAGAUCUGUAAGACGGUGCGUCAUGGAUUCCCUUAUCAGCCCACAGCUCUGGCAUUUGACCCGGUGCAGAAGAUUCUUGCCAUUGGCUGUCGUUCUGGAGGAGUACGAGUUCUGGGAGGGCCAGGAGUGGACUGCCAUUGCCAGCAUGAGAGUGGGGCGGCAGUUCUCCAACUGCAGUUUCUCAUCAACGAGGGGGCGCUGGUCACAGCCUGUGCAGAUGACACACUGCAUCUCUGGAACCUGCGACAGCGACGGCCAGCUAUCCUCCACUCUCUAAAAUUCAACAGAGAGCGCAUCACAUUCUGUCAUCUUCCGUUUCAAAGUAAAUGGCUGUACGUGGGGACGGAGCGUGGAAAUACGCACAUAGUGAACAUUGAAUCCUUCGUCUUGUCUGGAUAUGUCAUUAUGUGGAACAAGGCUAUAGAACUAUCAACAAAGACACAUCCAGGGCCUGUUGUUCAUCUAAGUGACAGUCCAAAAGAUGAGGGAAAGUUGCUGGUAGGUUACGAGGGCGGAACAAUAGUAAUGUGGGACCUGAGGGCCAAAAGAGCCGACUUCAGAAUAUAUUAUGAUGAGGCCAUUCACUCAGUAAGCUGGCAUCACGAAGGGCGUCAGUUCAUGUGCAGUCAUUCCGAUGGCAGUUUAAGCAUGUGGAAUCUGAGAAACACGGCUAAACCUUUUCAAGUCACCUUCCCUCAUGGCAAGACACAGCGAGACGGUAGAAAAGAAUCGUGUAAACCCAUCCUCAAAGUCGAAUACAAGACCUCCAGAAACAGCGAAGCUUUCGUCGUGUUCUCUGGGGGUCUGUCGUAUGAUAAGGCAGGACGGAGACCCACCCUCACCAUCAUGCAUGGCAAAGCCAUUACAGUCUUAGAAAUGGACUACCCAAUAGUGGAAUUCAUUGUGCUCUGUGAGACGCCCUAUCUGAACGAGGUUCAGGAGCCAUAUGCGGUGGUGGUUCUGCUGGAGAAAGAUUUCGUUGUAGUGGAUCUAACUCAGAGCAACUUUCCCAUCUUUGAGAACCCGUACCCUAUGGACAUCCAUGAGUCUCCAGUCACGUGCACGGCUUACUUUGCCGACUGUCCCCCUGACAUCAUACCGGUGCUUUAUUCCAUAGGAGCCAAACACAAAAAGACAGGCUAUAGCCACAAGGAGUGGCCGGUCGGUGGUGGCAUAUGGACUGUUGGAUCACAGACGUAUCCAGAGAUUAUCAUCACAGGGCAUGCAGACGGAUCGAUAAAGUUCUGGGAUGCCACAGCGAUCACACUGCAGAUGUUGUAUAAGCUCAAGACGUCAAAAGUGUUUGAGAAGCCAAAAACCGGAGAGGUGGGGCGAAGCGUUGAGCUGGUGGAGGAAGACCCCUAUGCUGUUCAGAUGAUCACUUGGUGCCCACAGAGUCGUAUCUUUUGCGUGGUGGGCAUCAGUGCCCACGUCAUCUUAUAUCGCUUCAGCAAGUACGACGCCAACACCACCAUCACAUCUCUAGAGGUGCGGCUACAGUGCGAGAUGGAGGACGUAAUCUCUCCCUCAGAUACAGAAAACACCCCGUGUUUCUCUGACCCCAGCGGCCAUUCGCCCCAGCUCCACAGUCCGCGCAGCAAUACACCGGACAGCGUACGGGACAGCAUCCCCUGCCUUAAGGUUAAAGAUCGAAUGAUCCGAAUGCCUCCCGGGUACCAGGCGGAGCUUGUGCUUCAGUUACUAUGGGUAGAUGGCGAGCCACCACAACAAAUCACCAGCCUGGAUUUAAACUCUGCGUACGGCUUGUUGGCUCUAGGUAACUGCAAUGGUUUGGCAGUUGUCGACUACCUGCAGAAAACUGUCCUUCUGUGCAUGAGCACUGUGGAACUGUAUGGAUCUUCAGACCCUUUCCAAAGACUAACACGCUCUCCUAGGAAGAACCGGCAGUCCACAUCAGACUUUUGCAUGCGCGGCCUGUCUAACUUUUAUUCAGAUUCAAAGAAACGGAUCCGUACUUCCUACCAGAGCCUUACAGAGCUUUCUGAUAAUCAGGUGUCUUUGGACUUGGAGAGAAGCAAGUCACCCACCUCAGCACCAUACUCCCCUUCCCUCCAUAAUGACCCACGAGGCACAGGAGAACCUGUGUCCAACCUUCGGUCCUGCCACUACAGUCCGGUCUUUUAUCUGCUGGACAAUGUAAAGGGACCAGGCAGAAAGUUAAGUCUACCCACAGAUCUUAAGACUGAUCUUGAUCAUGUGAAUGGACAUUGCACUAGCCCCACCUCCCAGCCCUGUGCACCUGGGAGGGCCAGAGUCCCGGGGGGCCCUGAAGGUGCACGCCUCGCCCGCAGAGGGCCCGGCCGACCACCCUUCCGCAAGGCCCAGUCUGCGGCAUGCAUGGAGGUCUCUUUGCCUGUAUCCUCCCUCACCGAAGGUUAUCCGUCCCGACGGGCCAUGCUGCAGCAGUUACACGGAGUCAGUAUGUACUCUCAAGAUGAGCAUCACACCACCACCUACUCCUGGAGCGAGAGAGAGAGCCGAGAAAACUCGUUCAGUCGUUCACGGAGCUCCAGUGUUUCCAGUAUAGACAGAGAGACGAAAGAGGCCGUAACCACCGUGCAGUUUGCAGAGUCGUAUGGGCGUAAGUCAGACACCCUGCCUACGCCCUGCCUCUGGGUGGGGACGAGUCUGGGCCUGGUGCUCAUCAUCCCAAUAUCCAUACCUAUGGAUGAGCAGGAACGUCAGGAAGACCCGGUUACUGUGGCACCUACUGGAACCGUGUUAAUGCUCAAGGGCUCCGUUCUGCGGUUCGGCUUCCUGGACUGUGGAGGCGCUCUAAUCCAAAAUCCCUACGAGAUGUGGCGGGACCAACAUGCCCCAGAAGACCCAGAUCGACCCCGCAAACGGAAGCUGGUCAACUUUUCGCCCUCCUCCUCCCAAGAGGCCAGUGGAGAUGGUCACUUAGCCGUUGUGUGUUCGGAGAGGCAGGCAAAGGUCUUCCUCAUGCCUUCCCAGGCCUGUCUCUACAUGCACAACAUCACAGAAUCAUCCUUCGUGUUGCGUGCUGACAUAGUGUCCGUGUGUAACAGCGUGUGUCUGGCCUGCUUCUGCGCCAAUGGACACAUCAUGACUCUCAGCCUUCCAAGUUUACGACCUCUGCUAGACAUCAGCUACCUGCCGCUUACAGACAUGCGCAUUGCCAGGACCUUCUGCUUCACGAACGGAGGACAGGCGCUGUAUCUGUGCUCCCCUACAGAGAUACAGAGAAUCACUUACAGCCAGGAGAUGUGUGACAACCUACAGGAGAUGUUAGGGGAACUCUUUACACCUAUUGAGACUCCUGAGGCUCAGAACCGUGGCUUUCUUAAGGGCUUUUUUGGUGGCAACGCCCAAACGUUCGACCGAGAAGAGCUGUUCGGUGAGGCAGCGGCAGGUAAGGCCUCCCGCAGCCUGGCCCAGCACAUUCCAGGACAUGGGGGUAUGGAGGGCAUGAAGGCAGCAGCAGGUGGGGCGGUGGGGGAACUGGCCCGAGCUCGCAUUGCCCUGGAUGAGAGAGGACAGAGGCUAGGAGAGCUGGAGGAGAGAACUGCCCUCAUGAUGUCUAGUGCUGAAACCUUCUCAAAACAUGCUCACGAGGUGAUGUUGAAAUGCAAAGACAAGAAGUGGUAUCAGUUUUAGAUGGUCCUGGGUGAGGGGGCUUUCAUGCCACAAGAGGACGCUACUCUGGUACUUGGACUUUCACUCUUUAAAAGAGACAGAGACCGCUAAAGGAUGGACAAAGAAGAACAUACGUACUGGUCAGCUUCUGUUCUGUCUGUGUACAGAAUUGUCUUACAAUGAUUGGUUAAAGAGACUAAGGCCAGACUAUGAUGGACAUGUACCAUUAGCAUUUACAAGUAAGAGGGGUUCCAUGCACCUACGCUGUAAAUCAAACAUCUUCAUUUAUGUACAAGGGUUGAUCGGGGUCUCCUCACAAGAAGCAAAAUUGGUUCACGCUGUGUAGAUAGUUCGAAAGCUACGAAAUCAACAUGAGUGCAUGAAACAAAAUGGAUGACCUAUAAAAACAUAAAACUGCCAUAUUAAAAAGCAGCAUGUUACUUUAAAACAAAGGGAAAUAGAAAACUUGUAUUUAAUAACCUAAGCCAAUAAUAGAAACUAUGACGAAAAACGUAUAUUUUUUGAAAUAGCAAACAAAUAUAUAUAAACAAAAAUGUAUACCUGCAUUGCUAUAAGGCCAAAAUAUUUAGUUUUUUUAAUGACCUCAUCCUAUUUCUUUUUAGCAGUGUAUAUUUAUUUUCUGAAUAUUUACCACUUGUCAUAUAUGAGAUCAAUUUAUUCACCAUCAUAUUCCAAGUAAUCACCAAGAUACGAAUUUUCACAGUUCGUACAGAGAGCGCAGGCCAACGACGUAUUUGGCCAGACCCACUGAUGUUCAGUAACAAACGUAACAACGCAACAUUUUUCCGUUUCUUUGCUGCUAGCUCUCAAAAAGCACCACAACCAACUUUUUAUUCAGUCUCAAGAAGCUACUUCACCCUCCUCUAGAAGCGUAUGACGUGAAAUGAUUUUAGAAGUGCGAGUAGUAAAAUGUAUUUGGCACCAUGUGACGAAUGUGUGCCAGUGGGGUCUUCUUCGAGCGUGUUUCUCUUCAUUAAGCAUAUGUUAUACUUAAUGUGCCAUAUUCUAGAUGGGUGAAGUAUUUUAAACUGUAAACUAGCGAUGAAUUAACUCUCGUCUGUGGUUGAUAUUCUGGGCUCUUGGACAAGCCAGCCAAACUCAGACAGAGGGGUUGGCUUUUUAAGCGUGUCUGUAAAAGUACAAAUACAGUUCGUUUUUUAUUUGUCAUGAUGUUUGUUUUUCUUACAAGGAACAAUUUCAGCUGGCCUGUUAUUUCGUUUUAAUUCUAGUCUCUUUGUUUGCCUUGGGGCACAUGUAACAAAGAUUGUGCGUUGUUUUGUACCUCGCUGAGAACGACAAGUAAAUGACCUCUGUUUUUUCUGCCAAAGUUUGAAUUGCAUUUGUGAAGAGAUUUCCUUCACAUUCCAGUACAAGGGACAAAUUUUUGUUUCUUCUUUUUUCUCAAUAUAAUGUUUUAUACUUUACUACUGUAGUGUCAGACGAUUGUUUACUAGUGUCUUCUGGUUGUUGUUUGACUGUGGAAAUGGUGUUUUAGAAUGAUCAGUGGGCGCUACUGAUGAAUCUUCAUGUUUUUAAAAUAUGUGUCUGGAAAGAUUAAGCCGAGUGAGUCAGCCUGCAGUUCGUGGCAGGCCUUACGUGAAUUUGUGUUAAAUGUACGCUAAAUCUUCCGGAAUCGUAUUUGAGACUCAUGUUGUGUUCCUAUGAUUUGUCCUUUGAUAACCUCUGACCUUCUAGUGCUUUACUGUAACAAACUCAGCAUUUCUUCCAUAGUCCAUGCCUCUGCCCAUUUGGCUUUGUAUAUACGAGCUGCUACACCGUAACGUAAAUGUUGUGCAUUGAAAUACACAAACUCAAGGCUCACGCAGACACACAUCCUCAGCCAUUAGUCGAAACUGUGCUAUUACGCAAUAUUUGUUUUGUUCAAACUGUUAAGUUUAAAAUAAUAGCGCAUUACUACAAGACAGGAAGACAGAUGUUACGAAGAAGGAAUUGCAUGUGUGGAGAGUGUGAAAUUGGACACAAGACACUAAAGUCACCAUAAUGGUCAGCCAAUCAGAAGUCACAGCCACGUAGAGAUGGUCUGCUGAAGAAACCUGUGGGUUUUAGUUCAUGUUCAUCAUUAUAUUUGUUUCCACAGGUGAUCCAAUGAUUACUCUUCAAAGUGUCAAAAUUAAAAUAAAAAAACAAGUGACAGACAGGGUGUUUUGUUUGUAUGUUCUCAGUUUUUAUAUGAAAAUGUACAGUUCAUCUUGGGGGACAGUGACGCGGUCAUUGAACUAAAUUAUUGACAAAAGUCAUUUGGAUAUUCCUCUGUGAAAGUUGUACCUGUUUAAAGAUGGUACCGUGUCUGAUAUUCUGACUGAAGUUCUGUAGGUCUAACUGUAGUUUCCUCCACCCCCUCUGAUUCCUUCAGAGAAGGCAGCAUUGUCAGUCUUGUUUCAAUGGAUAAUGCCACCUUUCGUUCUUCUUGAUAUUAUAGUAGUGUUAUAGAGGUUGAAAAUAAAAUGGAAAAAUAUGUUGUUGCAAAUCAAAUUGAAAUAAACAAUGAUUGAUGUACACAA